UUGAGCGAGACUUCGAUUGCCAUCUUUUGCGAAGUUUUGUCAGGACGAAAACACUGGCAUUUACGCUGCCAAUAUGUCAGAAACAUACGAUUUCCUCUUUAAAUUUCUGGUGAUUGGCAGUGCUGGAGCUGGAAAGUCCUGUAUUCUUCAUCAAUUUAUAGAAAACAAAUUUAAGCAGGAUUCCAACCACACAAUAGGUGUAGAGUUUGGGAGCAAGGUUGUUAAUGUUGGAGGGAAGUCGGUCAAACUUCAGAUCUGGGACACUGCUGGCCAGGAAAGGUUCAGAUCUGUGACCCGCAGUUACUACAGAGGAGCAGCAGGUGCCCUACUUGUCUAUGACAUCACAAGCCGUGAAACAUACAAUGCCUUGACAAACUGGUUAACAGAUGCAAGAACUUUAGCAAGUCCGAAUAUUGUGAUAAUCUUGGUGGGAAACAAGAAAGAUUUGGAAGCUGAACGUGAAGUGACGUUUCUAGAAGCCAGCAGAUUUGCUCAGGAAAAUGAUCUCAUGUUUCUUGAAACAAGUGCCCUGACUGGAGAAAAUAUUGAAGAGACGUUUCUGAAAUGUGCUAGAUCAAUAUUAACUAAAAUUGAAUCUGGUGAGCUUGAUCCAGAGAGGAUGGGAUCUGGUAUUCAGUACGGUGACACUUCACUGCGUCGAUUACAAAAGGAACAACUACAGCAAAAGAAACCGGAUUGUGGUUGCUGAUUAAAGGAAUGUUAUAAUUGCAAAACAUUCAUCAUGUUUCAUGGUGUAUCAUUGACAUGCAAGGCAGGCAACCCAAGACAAGAGACGUUACUCAAGCUAAGGGACAACACUCAAUUCAGCACUGGCAAGGCUGAUGGAGAAUGUUUUAACAAGCAGCUUUUGUUGGUAACCAUUUAGUUUGAAUGCAAGAUGCUCGGUAAUGCACCUCCUGACAUUUUUGCCAUGCAUGUAUAUAUACAUACACUGCAGUGUAGACACAUCCCUUACAUCUGUGCACUGUCUAGGACCGUGUACUUCCUGUCAAUGUAGAGUACGCUUCACGGCUCUCAACCUGCCCUCUGUAAGCUAUAAAGUGCAAUGUCUGAGAUAAGUUGUCAGGAGAGUGCUAUAUAUCUGUGCGGUAUAUUUAUGCAGUGUGAAACACACAUACCAUAGGGUGUAGUGCUACACACUCGCAAAAAAAACAAAAUGUGUGUUAUGUUAUAGAUCCAUGCUAUAUCUGGUAUGUAUGUGUAAAAUUUGUUGGUGUUUAAGUUAAUUUGUGUAUAUUAAUUAUAAAAUCUCUUUCAAAGGGACAUCUUUCUCUCCUUGUGCUGUUAUAACAAACAUAUAUGCUACCAUACACUGCAUAGUGUUACAUAACGAUAAAAAGGUUUUAGAGUUUCUUUCACAAAACAAAGUGAAUGCUAUGAUACAUUACAAUGACAAUAACACUUAAGAACAGUUAUUGCUUCUCUUUGUCAGUGGUGUGAGACCAAGAUCUUGACCCACAUUUAAAAAAAAUCCUGUGGUGGUGAAAAAUUGGGAUUUUUUGUUUAUGCCAUGCAAAUGCAGAGCAUCAUAUAUUAUCACACUGUUUGUCUGAACAUCUGUUUACAGACCGUUUUCACUAUAAUCUACAUGUAUCCCAAUUUUCAACUGAAUCUGAUGAGAUUUGGUGUGUAGGAUAAGAAUCAUAUGAAGAAUUGCAUAUCUUGAAAUGGGAACACAGUGCUAAAUUUUACAAUAGCUUUUGGUCCAUUCUUAUUUGAAUUCAGCACAUUUGAACCCAAGUAACACAGCAAAGGGAAGCAAUCCCUCUAAAGAAUUCUGUAAACCAGUUAACAAAAACCGAAAAAAAUGAAAAUUCGAAAAUGAUAUUCUUGUGACCUCGCAGUUCAAAUAUCAUAAAGAUUUGCAGUUAGUCGUCAGUGAAAUGUAUUUUCCUUCAUCAAUUAAUAUAUUGUGGAUGUAUAAUGCUCUCUGCUAUAUGAUGCUUAUUUUGGUAUACAUGUGUAAAAUUUCAUUUGGACAUCUAUGUACAUGAACAACAUGAUUGGUGUAUACCACCCCUUGAUUGAUAUUUUACAAACCCAGAUGCAUACAGUACUAGUGCAACCUAUUUACUUGUGGAAAUGUUUGUUUUUAAGUCUGCCAAAUGAUAAUUGAUACUUCUGGAGAGAAGGAUAGGUUUGCACUCCAUCUGUCGGUCCAUUUGUCAGUCUAUGCUUCACAUUUUCCGGGCAUAUUUAUCAACAGCAGUGGUCGACACUAGCACCAGUCCACUAGUCCUGGACUAGUAGAGUUUAGCAAGGACUAGUGAAUCGCCGAACCUAACCGGUCCUUUGGACUUGUAAACAA